GCCAUGAUGUUAGGCAAAAACAGCGCACCUCUGUAGAUAUACUUACAGCAGAAAUGAAAGUUUCAGUCCCACCAGAACAUCCUCUUCCCAUCCAAACAAAAACUCUAAUAGACUUCCGGUAAGUAGCAUUAUUUUGUGUAUAUGUACUGCUAAUAGAUUUAUUGAUAUGUUCUAUUUAAUUAUUCUAAUUAAAAAUUUAGAUGUUGUAUCCAGCAACCAAACAAAGCUUCUAAUAUUUAUACUAAACUCCCAAAUGGGUCACCUUCUAUUGGAAAAUACAUAUUUUUCCAUACUCGUAAUUUCCUGCAGCUAUAUAACCUGUGAAUGCAUGCAAAUAAAUAAAUAAUUCACCUCAAAAAUUUACUUAAAAUGAAGGUAUUUUUAUCUGGAGGCAGAUGCAGGAGAUGCUAGAAGGGAGCAAAUAUGUUACAUGCCUUCCUCCCAGUUCCCAGGGAUUCCAGCUGCCACUUUGCUGGAGAAUCUCUGGGCCACAGCAGGUGAAGUAGGAAAUAAUCCCAUCUCAGACAUGACUGCCUGGGUGGCUGCUGCUGUCUCUCACAGCCUGGUGGCAGAUGGAGGUGGUGCUGGGGGUGUAGGGGAGCAAAGACAUGACAUGCCUUUCUAGCUGUUCUCAGAUGUUACAACAUUAGGCAGACACCUUGGGCACAUUGUGAUUGAAUGCUUCAUGGAUUAGCUAUGUUUGGUGCCUGCUGUUGAUGCUACUUCCUCGACUGUGCUCCCUUUUGUGAUCAUGUGGCUUGUCCCAUCGCAAUGGAUGUCAGGUCUGGCACUCUGCCUCUGCUACUGACCCAUUAUGACCUCGCCUGGAUAACAUGCAACUUAGGGACAGGAGGCCUGGCAUGCAUUCUCUGCUUCUGUGAUCUUGUUUCCUAAUGCAGAUGGUUCAUGAGGUAGCUGGCUGGCUCACUUGCUCAGUGGCUGUCUGCUGUGGCAUGCAACCUCUGCUGCUGUCUUGCUAAGGUGACAUGGCAUGGCACACAGUUGCCAUCUUGCUGCUACACAUGGAUUACCGGUAUGUUCAGGUUGGAAUGAAAGGCCAGCUACACUGGUGUGCUCCUUGUGCCAGACUGGUGGGUAAAAGAUGAAGAAAUGGCAAUCUGCUCCCAAGCACUCUGGAGUGAGCACUGGAGAAGAUGGAUCACUGCUUUGAGCAUAUCAAUUUGUACCUAAAGAACUAGCUUAGGUUUUCAAAGGGCAGAAGCUUAACUUUUAGCAUUUUUCUUUUUAAAGAACUGACAGUGUGUUGAAUCACAAGCUGCUUGUGAAAUUUUCCUUACUAAUAAAAGCAGCUUGCUAUGUAACAUGGGGAGCUUUUGUUCUAGCAAAACAGAGCUGCCUUGGAAUAUGUGGAAGAAGCAGUGCAUUUCUUUGGAUCUCAGCUCCUUAGUCCCUCAUUAUUUCAUGCCUAGCCCUAAUGAUCCAAAGUAUGUAAGGUUCUCUGCUUUUAACUACAUUUAUGAAUGCUAUUUUUACAUGAAUAUAAUUACACCUACAUUUGAAUGUAAUUUGGAUUUUUAAAAUUUAUGAAAAAGAAAUUAAAUACAACUAUGGGAUACAACUUAGUAUUUAUAUUUCUGGGUGUCUAAAAUGUAUUGAAAGCUGUUUGUGUAAAAUAUUCUGCUAGAUGUAUAAUUGGUUGCAUUUUGUGCUUUCUGUUUAGGGAAGACAUAGAAAAAGCUAAAUUAUCAGGAGACUGGAAAACAGUGUAUGAUUUUUAUUCAAAAACGUUUGAUUCUUUUCCAGAAAUCAAUACUGCGUUUAAGAAAAAUAUUGAUGCCCCUUUUAAUUCCAUUGAAGACUGUGGAGUUGAUGCUAAAUUUGUGAAUGCUGUUUAUGAUGCCUUACUAAGUUCAGUAAGUAAAACGAUAGUGUAUUUUUUCCACAUUUUGUACAUUGAAUAUACGGUUGUGUUUAUGUACAAAGUGUAGUAUUUAUAAUAUACGAGCAACUUUUAGUUCAAAUAUAAUCUGUGUUUUCCAUACACUGAAUAAAAAAAUGUUUAUGUUAGUCCAAAUGUGUAGCACAAACAAUGGAGCAACAGUAUCAUACCUCUUUCUUGUCCUUGUGUCCCAGCCUCUGUGCUUUUACCUUAAAUCAAACAGUUGAUGGGCAUAGGAUGCUAUCUGCAUUUGCCAAUAAUGUGCCAACCAUUCACCACCAGAUAGGGGAAGGGGUAAAAGCUGCCUGUUGUUGCCAGUCAUGUGAUAGCAAAUACAUGGGAGACCAGAAACUACAAUGAACCCCAUGGUACGGUUAGACCAGGCUUCCUCAAACUCAGCCCUCCAGAUGUUUUUGGCCUACAACUCCCAAGAUCCCUAGCUAGCAGGGCCAGUGGUCAGGGAUGAUGGGAACUGUAGUCUCAAAACAUCUGGAGGGCCAAGGUUGAGGAAGCCUGGGUUAGACAAACAUAUCUCUGAUAAUCCCUGUUAGAAAGAGAUAUAAAGACAUGGAAACAAAAGAGAUAGUUUGAUGGGGUUCAUAUGAGAAAAAAUAGGAAUUAUCAAUUUAGGAGAGAGACUGCCAACAGACGAUUUAAGCAAUAAAUUUAUAAAUGGCUUGAAAAUACUGAGAUUUUUUCUGAAUUUUAAAAUAAUCACUUGUGUUUUAUUGUAAGAAUGAAAACUAUUUUGAUAAGAGCAUUGUCUUGUCAUCAUUCAACCACAGGACUAUAAUGAUAUCUGUAGAAUUUGCUUCUGUGACAAAAUGCUGGUUGUGGGUUUUCUCUCUCUUUCUUCAUUUGUUCUAGCCUCAAGAUAUCCAGAAGUGUGUCCUCAAGGGAAUAAUUAAUGGUUUAUUACAGGAAUGGAAGGGGACCGUUUAUUUGCUUUCAGGCCACGUACAAAAGAUGAUCUUAGAGCAUAUUUUGUACUAAUACAGAAUCCUCUAUUUAGUACCACAUCAACAUUUGUUAUUUAUGCUCACUUGCUAAGGCAGAUUGCUGCCUUAACAGAAGGCGAUCAUCACUUCCUAAUUCACUGGUUUAAAAAGAUAUCACAGAAGAGAUUCAAGCAAGUGCUAGAAAGGCUGCUACAGUUUAUUUCUCUACGACUUUUUCCUGCAAAGCCUGAAGAAUUGCCUCCUCUGGAAAAGUGUUCUUGGUGGAUUCCAUCAGCAGCCAAAGUGUUGUCUUUAUUUAAUACUUCAAAUACUCUAGCUAAUCCUUCUAUUGUUCCAUAUAUGGAUUUUUAUAAUUCUACACUGGAUCAUAUUGAUCUCAUGGAAGAAUAUCAUAAUUGGCAAUGUUAUGGAAAUUCUCAAAGGUUUUCCUUCUGUCAAUAUCCAUUUAUUAUUUCUAUAGCAGCAAAAAAGGUUAUUAUUCAAAAAGAUUCUGAACAACAAAUGAUAAAUAUUGCACGGCAAAGCCUUGUGGACAAAGUCUCACGGAGGCAGAGGCCUGACAUGAACAUGUUGUUUCUAAAUGUGAAAGUGAGGAGAAUGCACCUAGUUAGCGAUUCACUAGAUGAGCUGACAAGGAAAAGAGCAGAUUUGAAAAAGAAAUUGAAAGUUACAUUUGUAGGAGAAGCUGGUCUUGACAUGGGUGGCCUAACAAAAGAAUGGUUUCUUCUUCUAAUUCGACAGAUUUUUCAUCCAGACUAUGGCAUGUUUACAUAUCACAAGGACUCUCACUGUCAUUGGUUUAGCAGCUUGAACUGUGAUAAUUACUCUGAAUUCCGAUUGGUUGGUGCUCUAAUGGGACUAGCUGUCUAUAACAGUAUCACACUGGAUAUUCGAUUUCCACUAUGCUGCUACAAAAAGCUACUUAGUCCUCCAAUUGUACCAUGUGACCAGAAUGCACCUGUAGGAAUUGGUAGCGUUACUAUUGAUGACCUAUGCAGGGUAAUGCCGGAACUGGCUCAUGGACUAAAUGAACUUCUUUCCUAUGAAGGAAAUGUUGAAGAAGACUUUUAUUCAACCUUCCAGGUAUUUCAAGAAGAAUUUGGAGUCAUAAAAUGUUACAACCUAAAGCCUGAUGGUGAUAAAAUCCCAGUUACAAAUCAGAAUAGAAAAGAGUACGUUCAGCUUUAUGUAGACUUCCUUCUCAACAAAUCAAUCUACAAACAGUUUGCAGCAUUUUAUUAUGGAUUUCAUAGUGUCUGUGCUUCAUAUGCAUUAAUGCUGCUUCGUCCUGAGGAGGUUGAAAUUCUAGUUUGUGGAAGUCCUGAACUGGAUAUGCAUUCUCUUCAGAAGCACACGCAAUAUGACGGUUACCAGAAAACUGAUCUUACUGUCCGGUAUUUCUGGGAAGUAGUACUUGAAUUUCCUCUUGAACUUCAAAAGAAGCUCCUGCAUUUUGCUACAGGAAGUGACAGAGUACCUGUAGGAGGAAUGGCCGACCUGAAUUUCAAGAUUUCAAAGAGUGAAGCAUCCACAAAUUGGUUACCUGUUGCCCACACUUGCUUCAAUCAGCUCUGCCUACCUCCUUACAAGACCAAAAAAGAGCUGAAACAGAAGUUGACAAUUGGAAUUUCAAAUGCAGAAGGCUUUGGUUUAGAAUAAGAACACUUGAAAAGUAUAGCCAAUGUAGCACUCGCUUUCCUCUGACUGUGCCUUUAAAGCUUUUCAUUUUGCUUUUAAUUCUAUAACAGUCUUACCUAGAACAGUGUGGAAUUGUUUGUUUGUUUUUUUAAAGAAAAAGUGCACUCUUUUGUGUAUAGAAAUAUACUCUCUUGCUGGAAAAACAAUUUUGUACAGUAUUCAUGUUAGUUUGUUUGUUUUUACAAUACUCGAUAGAGGAAAGAUGUCAGGACUGUCAGAUGGGAGGAUGUAUAUACAGUAUUUGCCUUUGUCUAAAUGAAACUGCCUCUUACUGUCUUCACAAGGGGAGGUGACUUAAGAGAGUCAGCCUCUGUCUCCUCAGGUUGCACAAGCUACAGGCAAAAGCUAUAGACUACAUCACUUAUGGAUAUUCCCCAGGGAAGUACAGCAAAUAAUAUGUAUUUUAAAAUACUUUUAUAUUGUAAGUCGCCUCAAGACUUUUAGUAGUAAGCAUCUAAGAAAUUAAAUGGGGGGAUCUUGAUUAAUUAAACCUGAUGAAAGAUUAUCUCCAAACAAUAUAGCAGAGCUUAUAACUGCCAUUGACCUGAGGCAUGUGGUGAGGCAAAUAACAGUUUUAAGGUAGAGCAAAUAUAGUAUUAAUAUAUAUUGUUAAUAUUUGGGCUUUCAUUCUCAAAUGAACUACGGUAUUUUAAAAGCAUGUAAAUAAUUGCCUGUAGGCCAAUAUGAUUUUGAUGGUGCAAUAUAAAGCUAAAGAUUUAUUUUUACAAAUUUUAGGGUUCAGAUGUUAUAUAUUAAGCCUUUACAGAUUAACAGAGCUGAUUGUACAGGAAUGUAAAAGCUGCUGUUUUAAAUUUAUCUAGAUUCUUAGACCAACUUUAAGUAUUAAAUCAAUUGCAUGAUUGUGAUAUUAAGCUAGACAGUUUGGCUGUUAGUGUACUUUUGUAAAUGUAAUUUUAAGAAAAGGAAAUUUAAUGUAUUAUAGUACAUUUGAAUUUAUUUGAUGGUAAACAAGUCACCUCUCAAAGCAAUGAAAGGUGUAAUUUUGAUAUUUUAAAAUUAUACAUCUUUUCAUUAGGAAUUUCAUACUGUCUUUUACACAAGAUUUAAAAUAAAUUGAGCAAAUUUUUAUACAGUUGUGAAUGUUAUAAAAUUGUAUCAGAUAUUCUAGCUUUUAUUUAUGUCAAUGUCACAAGCUAUGGAGAUGACAACUAGCCUAGAUGUUGAUAAUAACAGAUUAGACAGACUUAUCAAUGACACAUCUAUCAAUGGCUAAGCUGUGAGAGAUAUAUGGAUCCUCUAUUUCCAUAGACUCCAUAGUGCUGAUUACCAGCUGCUGCCAGAUACUACUGGAGAAGAACGGUUGCCUUCAUUUUUUUUGCAGGUAUCUGGAUAACAUCUGUUGAAACCAGGAUGCUGGACUUGAUGGAUCUGUGGUUUGAUCCAGCCAUGUUUCUUCCUUCCCUUCUAGGAGAGAUUUAGACCAGAUAACCCUCAGUGAGCAUAUGGGGCUUCUCCGCAUGCAGACUGCCUCAUUUACAUCCAUAAUAGGAAGUGAGCCCUUUUACAUUAAUUAGAGAAUGUUGACCACUGCUGGUCUUAGUGGCAACUGAUACAUGACUGCCGUUCAUAUUUAUAUAUUAUCUGUUAGGAUAAAUUUGACAUUGCCUUGUUCUGCUUCACACAGCUGUGCAUAUCAAGUAUUUGAAACCCUUCUGCUGGAACGCCUUCCUGAUCAACUCUGGAACGUCUGUAGAGCAUCACCAUUAUCAGAUGCCUAAGCUAAUGCUGAAGGCAUCCAGAGAAUUUCCGCGAGCCCAGGGCAUGGCUAUAUUUCUAUACCUCUAAGCCAUGUCUCCUUAUAGUUACAGUGCAAGUGAGCUCAAACCUGGGGUAGUGAUUGCAGUUUGUCAUGUCAACAACACUGAAGACCUUGUUAUCAAUACUUCACAAAUGUAUGAUCUUAACACAUGGGAGACCAACAGAGCUUAUUUCUCACUGUAUGCUAUAUCUAUCUAAAUCUCAGAAGAAUCCUACAUAUCCUUUGAUGAUAGUUUAUGUGAUCUAAAAUGCAGUUGAUUGGUGCACAGGAAUGCUACUUUUUAAGGAAGCAUCUGCCUUGUUCAGUCAAAUGCUUGGCAUGAAAUGCACAAUGCAGCUAGAGAACAUUUUUCAUUGUAAAGUGUGUGUCAUGCCAUCAGGCAAUUUGGCUCUCUUUGCACUAGUGCACUGCUCCUUGAGAGUGCAUUAGAGGAUCCCAGUCUUGGAGAGAGAGAUUUGCAUUUCCCGCUUUCAAUUAAAGCAAGCCAUGAUAUACUGACUCUCUGCUUUUGAAGUUAUAUCUUGAGUGCUCUCAAAAUUGCAUCCAACAUGGUGCCACUCUUCUAGCAAAUCCUUCCUCAAAAGCCAUGUCUUCCACACAGGGUUUGGCUCAGCAUUUAUUCCUCACCUACAGAAACAAAGCCUACAUAUAUUUAGAGUUCUGCAUAUCCAUCCUUACUCUUGCCUCUGCCUUUCCUGCGCUACCUUUCUCCAUCACCUCUGCUGUCUCCCCCUCUGUCCAAUUUUAGCACAGGAGCUUCUCAGGGCCAUGUACAUAGAUGAGGCUAUGUAAAUCAGUGUGUUUUUUUCUGGGGAGAUGCAGGGGUACACAUACCCCUAAACAUUUUGUGAAUCUUUGUACUUUUGUCCAUUUGCUGUAUUUAUUUUCCCCGAUUUGAACUAUAAAAUGGUGAUUUUCUUGAGUCAAAAUGAGAGUACCCCCAAACAUUUUUAUAAAGAAAAAAAAAGCACUGACGUAAAUAAUUGCUACAACCACUGCAUGGAGUCCUUCCUU